AUGGCGCGAGACCUUCGCGCAAAAAAAGGAGAGAGCCUUGCCAGUCAAAUUGAAGUGGGUGAGGACGGGGGACGCUCCCGGCUGUUCGACACCAAUCGCACAGUUAGCAUGUCUUUGUCAGGCUCCUUGCAAUUACGGCUCAAAAACGCUGCAUUACACGGCGGUCUACAAAGCAGCCCGUGCUCGACUACUACUCACAUCGCCCGCUUCGUAGACAAAAUGGUGCCAAUCGUCCUCUCGGAGGCGCAUCACAUCCAUCUCGGUCGCGAGCCAGCUCACCCCGGCGCGCCGGUCUUCGCGAACCCACGCGUUGCAUCAAGCAUCAUUUCCGCGUCGCUGUCCAUUGCAGCGCGAUUGUGCCUGUCAUAG